CAUUGAACAGGUUAUUCGAAGGUAAGAGCUGCACUGGUUUGUUGCCUGCAGCUGGAGGGAAGGAGGGAGCCCGGCUGCUCUCUGUUUCUCUACAUGAACUGAAGUUAACCCUCGGGUCCGUCCAGCUGUUGUUAAGUAAAUGUGGCUGACUUGCUUGUUGUGUUCACUGGCAGUAAACCAAGGCUCGCCGUCUCAGCGAUCCAAACUCGCAAACGCGCCGUUUUUUUUUUCCUCCGCUCGCGCCUUGAACGCAGCACAGCGAGCAGCUCCUCCGCUCUCAGACGGAGCUGCUCCUGCUGGUGUCAGUGGGAGGUGAGCACGCGGAGCGGGAUGACAUGUUUGAGCCGGAGAGGACACGAUGAGAGCCGCCGCCGCCGCCGCCGCCGUGCCACUGACUCUGAGAGUGCCCGGGGGACCGAGGUGUGUGUGGAGCAGCCAUGAGUGAAGCGGUGACGAGGAGGAGAAGGAGAGGAGGCGCACAGAACAGAUGGAGUGAACAGCCCAGAGGGAACCUCAUCUCUGAUGUCGCUGGAGAACACGGUUCCAUCCCACCAGAUGAAAAUGAAGGUGGUCGACAAGGGGCCCUCAAGAGGUUUAGCGCCAUGUGGUCCUCCUUCCGCAGAGGCAGAAAAGACAGAUCGAGAGACCCAGAGUCUGCAGAGCCACUAGGCCCAGAAGUGGAACCCAACACUUCCAGGCAGCCCCGCUACGUCAGUGGUCAGUACUUCUUUGAGUAUCUGGUGGUUGUCAGCCUCAAGAAGACCAAGGGUGGAAGCAGCUAUGAGCCUCAGAUCACCUACCAGUUUCCCAAGAGGGAUGGGAUGGCCAGAUAUCAGAAGGAGGAGGAAGAGAAGACUCUAAAGGCAAUCACACUGUUUUGUUUCCCAGAAGGCAUCAGCUGGGCUCCUUUAACAGAAUACCACAGUGAGACCUUCUCCUUUGUUCUGACUGAGAUUGAUGGCAGCAGAAGAAAUGGAUACUGCAGGAGGUUACUGCCUGGAGGGAAUGGAGCUCGCCCACCGGAGGCGUACUGCAUCAUCAGCAGUCUGGCUUGUUUCGGCCUCUUUUCCAAGAUAUUUGACGAGGUGGAGAAGCGGCGGCAGAUCUCCAUGGCUAUGAUCUAUCCAUUCAUGCAGAAGCUGAGGGAGGCCCCAUUCCCAGCUCCGGGAAACACUGUGGAGAUUAAGAGCUUCAUUCCUGAGUCGGGCACUGAGAUCAUCAGUCUGACGCGUCCACUGGAUUCCUGGCUGGAACAUGUCAACUUUGCCGCACUUUUCGAGUGCCUGACAGAUGAUGAGGUGUUACUGGUGUUCGCUGCCGCUGUCCUGGAGAGACGGAUCAUUUUCAUCGCGGAUGAACUGGGCACAUUAUCCCAAGUCAUUCAUGCAGUAGCAGCCCUCCUUUACCCCUUCACCUGGCAGCACACCUUCAUCUCCAUUGUUCCAGAGAUCCUGAUUGAUGUAGUGAUGGCACCCACUCCCUAUCUGCUUGGAGUCCAGAAGCGCCUGCUGGACCUGGUCACAGACCAGAGUGAUCUGAUGGUCGACUUGUCUGAGGAUAAAAAGAAGACCUUCAUUUUUUUGACUGGUGAUGAAGCCUCUAUUCUGCCCCCAAAGCUCCAAACAGAAAUACUAGAGGCACUAAGAACAAGAAAAGAAGCAUCAACGGCGGAGGAGCUGAACCGAGUGGUGUCGGAAGCCUUCCUGCUUUUCUUUGUGAAAACAGUCGGACAUUAUGCCUCAUAUGUGAAAUACCGUCAUGGGGCGCCGGGAGUGUUUGAAAAGAGAAGCUUCUACAAGGCCAUUGAGUCCAAGACCACUCGACACUUUGUCAAGAAGUUCAUCCAGACACAGAUGUUUGACCUGUUUAUCCAGGAGGUGGAGCAGCAGCAGUCUGGGCCGCAGCAAGGAAUAUUCCACAAAAAGAUCCUAGAAUACCAAGAGAAGAAGAAAAGGGACAAGACAAGGAAACACUAACUUUCAGCUGGGACUUUUGGUGUACAUAGGAAAAGAUGUGAAUGUUGUACUGUGUGUUUUGCUUCCUGUGCUAGUUUGGUUUUAAAUAUGUAUGCAAUGUGUGAAUUACUGUAUGGCUAACUUGCUGCUACUCUGUGAAACACUGGCAGAAUGAGAGAGUUGAGUUCCAGAUGUUGAUUCUCAGCCUGUGCCGAUGAGCAGGAAAAUCAUUUCAAAUAAAGACUAGUUUUUUAUGUCCACA